UCGUGUGCUCACACAUUUCACGAAGCAUUCUCAGUUUCGCUACACUCAUUUUUUGCACGUGUUAAUUUUUAGAAUUCUCUUAAUAGAAUAAAAGGCACAACGGUAAAAAACAUAACAAUUAAAAUAUUUAAAUAAAAACAUAUUUACUCGAACAAGUGGGUUGCUGCAGGAAGCUAUUCACAAAUUUGCUGGCGUGGGUCUGCAGCUGCUCAUCCUCUCUGUUUUGUAGCUGGAGCGGGUUGGCUAGCAGCUGAGCUGGUAAAAAAAAAAUCAAAGAAAUGGAUAACUGGCUGAAAUUAGUGACGCUGUCAAUCAUGGUGCUGGUAUGUGGUUGCUUAGAGUCCUACCACUUUGCUGUCCUCGUCUUCCUCCUCUUCUCUAUCGGCCUUGUCUUUCGCCAAAUGAACAUCUUGGUCCCCGAUGAAGCCUCCUCUUCAUCAUCCUCGUCCUCCUCGUCCUCCAUCUCGGUCCCCGAUGAAGCCUCCUCUUCAUCAUCCUCCACCUCCUUGUCCUCCUCGUCGUCCUUCUUGGUCCCCGAUGAAGCCUCCUCCUCUUCAUCAUCCUCCACCUCCUUGUCCUCCUCGUCGUCUUUCUCCUUCUCGAAAGGUUCGCUGUACGAUGUUUUCAUAAACUUCAGAGGCAAAGACACACGUAAAAGCUUCACAAGCCACCUCCGUAAAGCAUUAACAAAUGCCGGAGUCAACGUCUUUUUUGACGACGAAGAACUAAAAAAAGGAGAAGAAAUAACUAACGAACUAGUGCGGGCAAUCCAAGGUUCUAAGAUGUCUAUCGUCGUCUUCUCAAGCGGGUUCGCGGACUCCAGCUGGUGCCUCGAUGAGCUGGUUCAUAUCAUUGAGUGUAGAACAACGCUGGGGCAAAUGGUUUACCCGAUAUUCUAUGACGUUGAUCCUUCGGAUGUCAGGAAACAGACUGGUCGUGUUGCGCAAUCGUUACUGAAACAUACAGAUAAAAAGAAGGUAGCGAGGUGGAGAGCUGCUCUUACUCAUGCUGCAAAUUUGGCUGGAUGGCAUGUCGAAAACAGGAAUGAAGCAGCGCUUAUCAGUAAGAUUACUAGUGACGUCACCUUGAGGCUGAACAACACAUACUUGAACGUAGUGCCCUACCAAGUUGGAAUAGAUUCUCAAGUGCUAGAUAUCAGUAAAUAUUUAGGUGUAGGAGAUUCAAAUGAUGUUCGCGUGAAUGGAAUUUCGGGCAUGGGUGGAAUAAGAAAAACAACGAUUGCUAAAGCCUCAUCUUCAUCAUCCUCCACCUCCUUGUCCUCCUCGUUGUCUUUCUCCUUCUCGAAAGGUUCGCUCUAUGAUGUGUUCAUAAGCUUCAGAGGCGACGACACACGUAAAAGCUUCACAAGCCACCUCUAUAAAGCAUUAACAAAUGCCGGAGUCAACGCCUUUAUUGACGACGUAGAACUAAAAAGAGGAGAAGAUAUAACCAAUGAACUAGUGCGGGCAAUCCAAGGUUCUAAGAUCUCUCUUCUCGUCUUCUCAAGCCGGUACGCGGACUCCAUAUCGUGUCUCGAAGAGCUGGAUCAUAUCAUGACGUGUAGACACACGCUGGGGCAAAUAGUUUUGCCGAUAUUCUAUCACGUUGAUCCUUCGCAUGUCAGGAGACAGACUGGUAGUUUUGCACAUUCGUUUCUGAAAUAUACAGAUAAAAAGAAGGUCGAAAGGUGGAGAGCUGCUCUUACUAAAGCUUCAUAUUUGUUUGGCUGGGAUCACAGAAACACUUUCGACGGGUGGGAUGACGCAAAGUUGAUCAGUAUGAUUACUAGUGAAGUCACUAUGAAGCUGAACAACACAUACUUAGACGUAGCACCCUACCAAGUCGGAAUAGAUUCUCGAAUGCUAGAUAUCAGUGAAUAUUUAGACGUCAGAGACUCAAAUGAUGUUCGUGUGAUUGGAAUUUCGGGCAUGGGUGGAAUAGGAAAAACAACGAUUGCCAAAGCUGUUUAUAACAAAUUUUAUGACAAGUUUGAGCAUAAAAGUUUCCUUGAAAAAGUGAGGGAAAAGGAAGUAGAAAAAUUGCAAACACAACUUCUUUCAGAUAUCUUACAAACGACCAAGACAAAGGUAAGCAGUGUUGCUGCAGGGACCGCCUUGGUAGGGGAAAGAUUUCGACGCUUAAAAGUACUUGUCAUAUUUGAUGAUGUAGAGGAUGUGAAGCAGCUACGCGAAUUAGCUGCAAAUCGCCAGUCUUUUGGCCCGGGGAUCAUAAUUAUCAUUACAACAAGAAACAAACAUAUGCUACAAGAAUUUGCAGUUGAUAAGAUAUAUCCGGCAAAAGGAAUGGAGCGAGAAGAAGCUCUUGAGCUCCUCAGUUGGUAUGCUUUCGGAAGUAAGUGUUGUCCUAGUGAUUAUCUUGAGCUCGCAAGAGAAGUUGUCGAUUACUGUGGAGGACUGCCAUUGGCUCUUCAAGUUUUAGGUUCUACCCUGUUCAAAAGAAGCAUAGGAGAGUGGAAGAGUACAUUGGAUAAACUGGAAAAAAUUCCUGCUGGAAAAAUUCAUGAACAGCUGAAAAUAAGCUACGACGGGCUAAAUGAUGAUUAUGAGAGGGAGAUAUUCUGCGAUAUAUCUUGUUUCUUUAUUGGGAUGGACAAGAAUGAUGUCAUGCAGAUCUUGGAUGGUUGUGGCUUUUCUGCAAUGGCAGGAAUCGAGGUCCUCCAUGGACGGUGCCUUGUAACUGUUAAUAGAAAAAACAAGCUAAUGAUGCACGAUUUGCUUCGGGACAUGGGCAGAGAAAUCGUGCGUGCAGAAAAUCCCAAGUAUCCUGAAAAACGGAGUAGGUUGUGGCGUCCUGAAGAUGUAAAAGCUUUAUUGAUAGACAAUUCUGGAACUGAAGAAAUUGAAGGACUGUCUUUGAAUUUGCCGAGUCAUGAUGAAGAGACUAGUUUCAGCACUGAGGCAUUUACAAAUAUGAAGAGACUCAGAUUGCUCCAACUCAAGUACAUUCAGCUCACAGGAGAAUAUCAUUGUCUUUCAAAAAAAUUAAAAUGGUUGUGCUGGCGUGGAUUCCCUCUAAAGUUCAUACCAAAAGACUUGUGUCAACCAAAUAUAGUUGCUAUUGACAUAAGAUAUAGUAGCCUCAGACAAGUUCUUUGUGAGGAAUCCGGGUUGCUUGACAAGUUGAAGAUUCUAAAUCUCAGCCAUUCCCAUGACCUAACACAAUCACCGGACUUUUCAAAACUCCCAAAUCUUGAGAAAUUGAUACUCAAAGGUUGUAAGAGAUUGUCUAAUGUUCACGAAUCGAUUGGAGAUCUGAAGAGUCUAUUUUUGGUAAAUUUGGAAGGCUGCAAAAUGCUUAAGAAUCUCCCUAAUACUUUUUAUAAGUUGGAAUCUGCUAAAUUUGUUGUUCUUAAAGGUUGUUCAGAAUUCAAAAACUUGUCUGAGGACUUGGGAAAAAUGUCAUCCUUGACAACUCUUGUUGCAGAUGAGACGGCCAUAACAGAAGUACCAUCUUCCAUCGCACGACUGGGGAACCUUCAGUCCUUAUCUCUGCGUAACAUGAGGUCAUCUUUGAAGUUACCUCCUUCGUUAAUGGGCAUGCACGCAUUAAGAGAAUUAGAUCUUAGUGGCGGCAAUUUAAAGGAAAUUCCUAACGAUAUCAGGAGUCUAUCUUCUUUGGUAUCAUUACUUCUGGACCGCAUUGGUUUCCAUAGCCUUCCAAGCUUCAGUAGCCUCUCCAGGCUUCAAAGACUAAGCCUGAAUGGUUGCGAAGACCUGGUUGAAAUCACUGAUGAUUUACCACCAAAUUUGAGUCUCUUGAGUAUGAAUGACUGCACUGCACUAGAAAGAAUGCCAAAUUUAUCAGGAUGGCCGAGAGUUGUGGCUCUAGAUGGUUCCUCCAAUCUCAUUGAGUUUCAGGGCUUGGACAGGGCUUUAAACACGGGUAUGACACUUGGCAUGCGAGCGCACAACAGAAUCACUGAAUUCCUAUUCAAGGAUAGCACACUACAGGGAUGGACUGGUACUGGAUAUAUUUAUCUUCGAGCAAAUCAUAUUCCGACUUGGUUCAAUAUUGUCAACAAGAAGGGUGACCGAGUCUAUUUUCAAGUGCCUCAUGAAAUCGGUUAUAAGUUAAAAGCGUUGGCCGUGUGCUUCUCUUGUCGUCCUCAUAAGUUGAACUCUCCUUUGACAUAUUCCAUUUCUGUUAUCAAUCAUACCAAGUGCACUUGCAUUCAUGCCGAUGUAUCCGAUUUCUAUCCGCCUGCUCGCUUGGAAGAAUACCUUUGGAUGGGACAUUUCUCAAACGACGACUUCAAAUUGGAGGGCGGCGACUCCGUCCAUGUUAUUGUACAAGCCCGAGACACUGAGACUGCGUUCAUCAGGGUGGAGAAAACAGGGGUACGUCUAGUAUCUGACAAACGUAUUAACUUCAGUUUUUCGUCUAUUCAUUACGGUUCCAUCCCUUAUGGUGAGGCCAUCAACAAAUUUUAUGAUGAUGAUCAUGAUCAUGCCGAUCAAUGACGACGAUCAUGCUGAUCAUGACAAUGACGAUGAUGAUGAUCAUGCCGAUCAUGAUGAUGAUGACGACAAGGACGACGCUGACGAUCAUUUAUCAUAGACCAUUAGAGAUUGAGGUUUGAUACCUGUAUUUGACUGAGUACAGAGACGGCUCAGCUUUCACAUAUUAUUUCACUUAGUGUGGUUAAUACCUUUUUAUUUUGAACUGUUGCGGUGGUGGUUAAUUUCUAUCAUCAAUGCAUUUUUAAGUUUUGGAAAAGCAAUUUAAAAAAGAAAUACUUGAGAUAUGUCUUCAAUGAGCGAGCAUUUGGGGACUGGGAGUGGUCGUUUAACGCUUGAGAUAUGUCUUCUUAAGUCUCUCAUUGUUGUUAUUUAGGGACUGUGAGUGGUCGUUUAACAUUUUGUUUUUAAUUUAUACUUUUUGUACUUGAGUAUGCCAACAGUGAACGAGCA